ACACACACACACAUUGUCGUCUAGAUUGUGAUCGUCCUUCUCCUGUCAUUUUUCUUUUUUUAAAGAGAAUCGAUUUAUUCUCUCAUCUUCCAUUCCCUUUUAUUUAUUUUACGUCUGUCCCUUAAAAAUCCAGCCUUCAUAACGUCAAAGCUCAGAAAUCAGAAUCCUCUCUCCUUCUCCCUCCCCGUUUGCUCAAUUUCUCUGGAGAAGAAUCAUGGUGAAUGCCAAAGGGUCAACCAAAAAAUCGAAUCUUGAUCGGUUCCUCCAUUGCACAACACCCUUAGUCCCUCCCCAAUCUCUCCCAAAGACGGAGAUGAGAAGCCUAAAUCGAUUGUGGCAUCCGUGGGAGAGAGAAAAGGUAGAGUAUUUCAGGCUUAGUGAUCUAUGGGAUUGUUACGACGAAUGGAGCGCGUACGGAGCUAGCGUCCCCAUUCAUCUCGCCAACGGCGAAUCUCUCGUUCAAUACUACGUUCCUUACCUCUCAGCCAUCCAGAUUUUCACCUCUCAUUCCUCCUUGAUCAGGGAAGAAUCUGAAGAUGGGGAAAGCUAUCUCUUUAGUGACUCAGGUAGCGAUGAGAGUGUCUCCGAGGAAGGGCUUGAGAGCAAUAAUGGGGUCUUGCAUCUGAAUGAUCGUUUGGGUUACCUUUAUCUCCAGUACUUUGAGAGAUCAGCUCCUUAUACUAGAGUCCCUCUCAUGGAUAAGAUCAAUGAGUUAGCUCAGAGAUAUCCGGGUUUGAUGUCGUUGAGAAGCGUAGAUCUUUCUCCAGCUAGCUGGAUGUCUGUUGCUUGGUACCCUAUUUAUCAUAUACCAAUGGGAAGAACCAUUAAAGACUUGUCCACUUGUUUCCUCACUUACCACACUCUUUCUUCUUCUUUUCAAGAUAUGGAGCCGGAAGAGAAUGGAGGGGAGAAGGAGAGGAUGAGAAAGGAAGGGGAAGACAUAACUCUGGUCCCAUUUGGGAUGGCUACUUACAAGAUGCAAGGCGAUGUCUGGCUUUCGCACAACCACGAUGACCAAGAGAGAUUGGCUUCGCUUUGUAGCGUUGCGGAUUCGUGGCUAAAACAGCUUAGGGUCCAACACCAUGACUUCAACUACUUCUGCACCAUGUCGAUGACUACUCCUCGUGGCUAAAAACAAACCGGGUUUCCAUGUUUGUUUUUCUACUCAUUGUCAUCGUAAAAGUCCCCAUCCUUUCUUUGUUUAUGGAACCGCUGGCGUUUUCUAAAAAGAGUGAUCUGGCUUUUGUAGCGUUUUGGUUAGGAUAUAGCGUUUUAAGAUACCUAACCUUUUGAGAAAAGUGUAUGUCGGUAUAUAGAGAGUUUGCUGUCUUGUUGAAACAGAGUAAUCGUUGUUACUUGUUGCGUGUUGAAACUGAGUAAAUGCCUUCUUGUAAGUUUAUAUAACAUCAUCCUUCACUUGAAACU